ACCUGCUUAUUUACUUCCGGGAGUAAGACUGGUGACUAGUUGCAUAAGGAAGAUGGCGGCGAAAGCGAGUUUUAUAACAAGAAGACUUGCCUUUAAUUCAGUCUUUGAUUGGCUCGUUUUACGAAAUAUCCAGGUCUCCUCUAAAUCAUGCCGCUGGCAACCACACAGAAGCUUGAGUUCACUGAGACAAGACAAGAAGGACCACAUAGCACAGGGGCCAGGCCUUGGAGACUUUAUCUCUGGAUCAGACCAAACAGAAGAUAAUCCAUACAAGAGAAAGAAAGGGAAAAGAUUAAGACUUGCCCCAUGGCUGAAGACAGAAAUUCCAAUUGGCAAGAACUAUUCAAAGCUCAAGGACCACCUUCGGGAGUUGAACCUGAGCACGGUUUGUGAAGAAGCAAAGUGUCCAAAUAUUGGAGAAUGUUGGGGUGGUGGCGAGGAUAACACAGCAACUGCGACUAUUAUGGUGUUAGGUGACCAGUGUACCAGAGGGUGUAGAUUCUGCUCAGUGAAAACAAACAAAGCUCCACCCCCCCCAGACCCCAAUGAGCCAAUCAACACAGCAGAGGCAAUCAGCCGCUGGAACCUGGACUAUAUUGUCAUCACUUCUGUUGACAGGGAUGAUCUUCCAGAUGGUGGAGCAGGGCAUUUUGCAGAAACUGUCAGACAGAUAAAGAAAAGAAACCCCAAGAUGUUGGUAGAAUGCCUGACCCCAGAUUUCCGUGGUAACCGUGAGCAUAUUAGAACAGUGGCAGAGUCAGGACUAGAUGUGUAUGCGCAUAAUGUGGAGACCGUCAAGAGCCUGCAAUUGUUAGUGCGAGAUCCACGUGCCAAUUACAAGCAGUCUUUGGAUGUACUGAGAUACGUGAAGGAGGUUCGGCCUGAGAUGGUAACAAAGACUUCCAUUAUGUUAGGUGUGGGAGAAACAGAUGACGAGGUGUUACAGACCAUGAAAGAUCUCAGGAGUAUUGGCGUUGAUUGUUUGACACUUGGCCAGUAUAUGCAACCCACUAGAUUACACCUAAAGGUUUCAGAGUAUGUAACUCCAAACAAGUUCCAGCACUGGGAGAAUGUUGGUAACGAGCUCGGUUUUGCAUACACAGCAAGCGGACCUCUAGUUCGGUCAUCCUACAAAGCUGGCGAGUUCUUCAUCAAAAACAUAUUGAAGUCGAGGCGUAGUGGGCCGAUCCAACCAUAGGCAACCUAGCAACAGCCAAUCAGGGUUAACAGCCAAUCAAAUGACACCUUACGACCAGUCAAUCAGAGGGUGCCUAACAAACAGAGCCAAUAAGAAGCAUCAACAAUCAAAGACAACAGCAAGUCAGAUGCAACCUAACAACCAGCCAAUCAGAGGCAACCUAGCAACAGCCAAUCAGCGCCAUUAGCCAAUGAAAUGCAACCUAACAAUAUACUCUUUGGUCUAUCCAAAAAGGCCUCAUGCCUAAUGUAAACUACCGUUAAAUAUUUUUUAGAGAUGGCCAAGAUUCGUUUCGAGGUUAUCAGGGUGUAAAACUAUUGGAAGGAACAUAACAUUAUAUAAAAGUAACAGUCUUCAAGAUUUGAGUAAACAGAGAAAUCAUUUAAUAAGUAAAAUAAACUUGAUCUUUUA